AUGGCUUUACCUCUACUCAUCCUCUCCUUCCUCACCAUCUUCAUCGCCUACAAGCUCUUCCAGCGCCUCCGCUACAAGCUCCCUCCCGGCCCCCGGCCCCUCCCCGUCGUCGGCAAUCUCUACGACAUCAAGCCUCUCCUCGUCCGCUGCUUCACCGAGUGGUCUCAAGUCUACGGCCCCAUUUUCUCUGUCUACUUGGGCUCCCACCUCAGCGUUGUGGUGAACUCAGCUGAGCUAGCUAAAGAGGUGUUGAAAGACAAUGAUCAGCAGUUGGCCAACAGGAACAGGACCCGACAGAUUGCUAAGUUCAGCAAGAAUGGGGCGGACUUGAUUUGGUCCGAUUAUGGCCCCCACUAUGUUAAGGUCAGGAAACUGUGCACUCUUGAGCUCUUCUCUAUGAAGAGGCUUGAAGAACUGCGGCCUAUUAGGGAGGAUGAGGUCACUGCCAUGGUUGAAUCUAUCUUCAAGGACUGCAAUAAGCCUGAAAAUAAGGGUAAAGCUUUGGUGUUGCGUGAAUACCUGGGGAUGAUGGCGUUCCUGCACAUAACCAGAUUGACAUUCGGGAAGAGGUUCAUGGACUCAAAUGGCGUAGUCGACGGGCAGGGAGAAGAGUUGAAGGCUAUUCUACACAAUGGGAUUAAGUUGGGUACCAAGAAAUCCUGGGCAGAGUUCCUCCCAUGGUUUAGGUUCUUGUUCAAGACUGAGAACCAGUUACUUGCCGAGCACGAUGCUCUUGCGGAUAGUUUUACUAAGAAAAUCAUGCAAGAACACACUCUUGCUCGCCAGAAGACAGGAAAUACUAAAAACCACUUUGUCGAUGCAUUGCUUACUCUUCAGAAAGAAUAUGAUCUCAGUGAUGACACCGUUAUCGGCCUCCUUUGGGAUAUGAUCUCUGCGGGUAUGGACACCACCACUAUUACCGUCGAAUGGGCUAUGGCAGAGUUGGUUAGGAACCCAAGGGUGCAACAGAAGGUGCAAGAGGAACUCGACCGAGUGGUUGGUAGUGACCGUGUCAUGACCGAAGCCGAUAUCCCCAACCUUCCUUACUUGCAAUGUGUGACCAAAGAAUGCUUCAGGAUGCACCCUCCAACCCCAUUAAUGCUCCCCCACAAGGCCAGCACCAAUGUCAAGAUUGGCGGUUACGACAUCCCGAAAGGAGCCACCGUGAGCGUUAAUGUCUGGGCCCUUGCCAGGGAUCCAGCCGUGUGGAAAAACCCUCUUGAAUUCAGGCCCGAGCGGUUCCAAGAGGAGGACAUCGACAUGAAGGGUACUGACUACCGGCUACUCCCCUUCGGCUCCGGAAGGCGUAUCUGCCCCGGUGCACAACUUGCUAUCUACUUGGUGACCUCCAUGUUGGGGCACAUGUUGCACCACUUCACAUGGACACCUCCGGCCGGGACGAAGCCUGAAGACAUGGACAUGAUGGAGCAACCUGGAACAGUGACUUACAUGAGAACUCCUCUCCAAGCUGUUCCCACUCCAAGGUUGCCUGCCGACUUGUUCAAACGUGUGGCUUCCGGAAAUGUGUGA